UUCUACGUGGCUUCGAUUGGAGAUAAAUAUAGUGUAAUAUUCGGUACAAAAAUAUCACUUCGCGGUUCUGUAGAGCACUGUUGAUUCUAUACCUCACGCAGACAUGUCUUCCGACUUUGGGAAUCCUCUUAGAAAAUUCAAGUUGGUGUUUUUAGGCGAACAGAGCGUGGGAAAGACGUCUCUUAUAACAAGAUUCAUGUACGAUAGCUUUGACAAUACUUACCAGGCAACAAUUGGGAUCGACUUUCUGUCAAAAACCAUGUAUCUUGAAGACAGAACGGUGAGACUACAACUUUGGGACACAGCAGGCCAGGAGAGAUUUAGAAGCUUAAUACCCAGCUAUAUCAGAGACUCAAGUGUGGCUGUAGUAGUUUAUGACAUUACAAACUAUAAUUCUUUCCAACAAACAGCAAAAUGGAUUGAUGAUGUUAGAACAGAGAGAGGGAGUGAUGUCAUUAUUAUGUUGGUUGGAAACAAGACAGAUCUCUCAGACAAAAGACAAGUUACGACAGAAGAUGGAGAAAGAAAAGCAAAGGAAUUAAAUGUGAUGUUCAUAGAAACAAGUGCAAAGGCUGGGUAUAAUGUGAAACAGCUAUUCAGGAGAGUUGCUGCAGCAUUACCAGGCAUGGAAAGUACAUCAGAUAAACAGAACAAAGAUGACCUUAUAGAAGUUAGACUAAAGGACACACCACCAGAACCCCAACCGCAGAGUGGAGGCUGUGUCUGCUGAUUAUGUACCAAAAGCCAAGACUUUAGAGUGUCUUCUGUUGCAACUAUUCUUCCUCCUUCUAAAGUUUGAGACAAACUAGACAGACUUUGCAGCUUCAAUAAUUUAUUGUUGACUUCUAAUAAUGGGCUAAUAUUGCAUGCUUUGUUGCAAAAUUGUAGUUGCAAGGCUUCACUGUGUUUAUUUUUGUUUUAAUUAAAAAAGCCUUGGUUUGAAUUCUGCUAGUCAACAAGUAGUCCUUGCAGGAAAUUGCAUAGAAUGGAAAAUGAAGCAAAGUUUGUUUUUAAUCAUGGAAAGCCAUGAAUUCAAAUAGCAGAGGCAAUGGCAUUCUUAUUUAGGAAAAACAAUAAUCAUUUUUUAUCACAAGAACAUAAAAAAGUUAAUACACAUGUAUCAGUACAGAUACAUAAACACAAAACAAAGCUUUCACUUAGUUCAAUUACCACUUUUUCAGUAAGAAAUUUAUAAAAGUUUUACAACUCUGAAAAAGCAAGUGAUAAGUUUAAUCCAAAGGGAGUUUCAAUUUGCAGAACUGUUUUUUCUCAACCAAGCUUGUUUAUUUAAUGCUUAAUUGACAAGCCUGAUAACUCAUUUAAACUGUUUUAUGCACUUGGCAUAAUCAGUAAUCAGUAUUCAAUGCUAUUUGACUGUGAAUCAGAGGUUUCAAUUCAGUUUUUCUCAAGUUACCAACAGGGGUGGAAUAGGUGACUGUUGCCACUAAACAAGACCAUAGAAAUCUAAAAAAAUAAAAUCUGAAGAGAUGAAGUUAGGAGCCUUAAACUCUUUUACUCCAAAGAUCUUAUUAGUUAUUCUCCUUACUGUCUGCCAUACAAUUUUUAUGAUGAAAGUUCUGGGAAUUUGGUAUUUGAUCAACCAAGUAUUCCAUAGCUGAUAUCUGUUUUUAAUCUCGUCACUUGACUCCUUGAUAUUGUUUCGAUCUUAUAGGGAGAAAUUCCAUCUGGGUCACUCUUGGCAGUCAAAGGGUUAAGGUCAUGUAAGCAUUAGUAUAACUGUUUAAAACUGUCUUCGUUGAAACCUUUCAGAUAACAGUAACUUAUUACCUUAAUUCAGUAUUUACGGUUGUAAAGAAAAAGAAAAUAUAAUAACAUCAAGGUCCAAACUGGCAUUACUGCAUGUGAUUGUAUUAUUUGAACUUUGGGGCAUAGUAUUUCUUCUAGUUUGAUCAAAAGAUUACUGAUGUCAACCCUCCAAAAAAAAUUUUGUACCCUGAUAAUUGAUUUGAAUAGUGUGACAUAAGUAAUUCUAUUCUCAACAUGUUUAGAAAUGAGAAAAGACACAAGGAAACCUUUGCUUGAUUUGUUUGCCUAGUAGAAUUGAGGAAAGGUGAUGCAUUUAUGCUGAUGGGUAGUUUUUAGAUGAAAGUCACACUGCAUGUCUGGCCUUUGCAAACUUCUGUUUGUUUAUUUUCAUCUUAUUUUAAAAGGUACAUACAAGUUAUAUGCAAAAUAGCAAAGAAAAAAACUCAAAGUAAGAUAUCAA